AUGGUGCCCCAGCGAGUUCCUGUCACACUGAAGCGUUUGCUCGGGCAGGGCCAGGAGCUGGGGAGCCCCAGUCCCGGGGAGUCCCGGGGAGCUCGGGCAGUUCCAGCACUGCCCUGUGGGGCCCUUGCCAAGGAAACCCAGCAGGGACAGCCCCAGGACGGCGCCCGCUGGCCCCCUCCCGGCCACUGCGCAAGGACAAAGGGCUGCCAGAGGAUUUAUGAAGCCCAACGCUCAGCAUCAUUCCUGCCCGAUUCCAGCCCUCCCUCGGGAAGAUGGCAAUGUCUGUUCUCGGGGAGCCUGGGACGGCGCGGGAUCGCUCCCGAUCGGCUCCCUUUGCUUUUCUUGGCCGGCGAUGCCUCUCCUCGAGCUGCUGCUGCCGGGCUGUGCCGCGUGCGAGCCGGGGGCGGGCCGGGGAGGGGCUGCGGCGCUCGGACACCGGGACAGCGGCGGGCACUCGGCCGGGCCCGCCGGAGCAGCGGCACCAUGGCCGAACAAGCAGUUGCUGUGGCUGGAGGUAUAAUAGGAGGGAUCCUUUUAUUUGUCCUCCUUGGAAUAACUGCAUAUCUGCUCUGGAAAAAAUGUUGCCGCCUCUUUUCUUAUGAAAAGCUCAUCAAUCCUGUCAAAACAACAAAUGCAAAUGCCAUUUUCCCGGAUCAGGCAAACUCUGAAAUUCAUCUAAAAAGUACAAGGUCCAGAAGUGUUCCAUUUAUCAUUCCACCAACACUGCAUGGGCGAGACUGGAUUCACCUGACAAAUGAAGAACAGGUUCAGGAAGACAGGGACCCCUUCAUGACCCCUCAGUCUGGGCCACGGUCAUCAUUUCAUUCUUUGGCUGGAGCUUAUGUUGUAGGAACCAUUAACCCAGAUCUGUACAAGUUUCCUGAAGACAAAAGUGAAACAGAUUUUCCUGAUGGCAGCAUUGGCCGCCUCUGGUUCUCCAUAGAAUACGAGCAAGAGUCAGAAAGGCUCCUGGUCUCCUUGAUCAAAGUCAGAAAGCUGCAGCCUCCUGCUGAUUCCUGCAGUCCAUUUGUGAAAAUCUACCUGCUGCCUGAUGAAAGAAGCUACCUGCAGUCCAAAACAAAGCGUAAAACUCUUAACCCCCAGUUUGAUGAAAACUUUGUUUUCCAGGUUUCCAGUAAAAUGUUGCUCCAAAGGACACUAAAGUUUUUGGUUUAUCAUGUUGAUAAACAGAAGAAGCAUCAUCUCCUAGGUCAAGUUAUCUUCCCACUAAAAAAUGAAGCAUUAACUGAGGACAACAGACUAGUCAUAUGGAGAGAUCUGGAGAAAGAAAACUUGGAGCCUCCUUCAGAGCAUGGUGAUAUCCAGUUCUCCCUGAGCUACAAUGACUACCUGGGCCGUCUCACGGUGGUGGUUCUGAGGGCGAGGGGAUUAAAGCUCCAGGAGGAGAGCCCUGCUGUUGGUGUGUAUGUCAAAGUCUCACUAAUGAACCAUAAUAAAUUCAUCAAAAGUAAAAAGACAGCAGCUCUUCUGGGAACUCCCAACCCUGUGUACAACGAAACCUUCAGUUUCAAGGCAGAUCAGACAGAGCUGGAUACAGCAAGCCUGAGUCUAUCUGUGCUCCAGAGUAACAAAGGAGAAAAAACACUUCUGCUGGGACGAGUGGUAGUUGGGCCUUUCAUGUACACACGUGGCAGAGAACUGGAACACUGGAAUGAGAUGAUCAGCAAGCCCAAGGAGCUGGUGAAACGAUGGCAUGCUCUCUGCCACAGCACAUGAACAGCACUGAGGAAAAAACAGCCUUAAUAUGGAAAAGCUCUUACGAUCUUUCUCAUCUAAAUGGUACAAAAAUCUUUGCUAAGAUUUUGUACCAAACGAAGAAUAAAAUAAAUCAUUUCCUUAACCAAGCACAAAUAAAUGAUUUGG